AUGAUGAACUCUACGAAUGAGGAGGAUCCUUUCCUUCAAGUCCAAUCCGAAGUCCUCCAGACCCUCUCCUCAACCAGACCCCUCUUCACGUCCUACCUCCGCAUCCGCUCUCUAACUUCCAACACCACCAACCCCGAACUCCUCUCCACCGCCCGCGACCUCUCAGACUCCAUCGUAACCCUCAGCGAAGACAUCUCCGACCUCCGCGCCUCCGUCGCAGCCGUGCAAUCCGACCCCUACAAAUACGGUCUCGAAAUCGAAGAAGUAAGCCGGCGACAGCGCUUCGUCGAGGAAAUAAGCAAUGAAGUCGACGAUAUGCAGGAAGAACUAUCGAAAGGCAGUUCCGGACGCCCUGGAAUCGUCGGGCGGAGUGAGAGCGGGAAAGGACGAGUCUACGACUCCCCGCCGCAGGAACGGGAGGAUUACAAUGCGGAGUUUGAGCAGCAGCAGCAGUUGACCAUGAUGGCGGAACAAGAUCAGACACUGGAUUCGGUGUAUGUGACAGUUGGAAAUUUAAGGCAGCAGGCGAAUGUUAUGGGUCGUGAACUUGCGGAGCAGGAGGAGAUGCUGCACGAAACGGAUACUUUGACGGAUCGGGUGGGUGGGAGGUUGCAGUAUGGAUUGAAGACAAUGGGGACGGUUAUUAAGAAGAAUGAGGAUGGGCUGAUCAUGUUCAUGAGGGCUAGUAACAUGGGGAUUGGCGCAAACUACACUGGGCAUUAG